AUGACCAACAUCACUAUCGAAGACAUCCAGGCAGCCGCUGCACGUAUCAACGUGCACCGUACGCCUGUGAUCACAUGUUCCACCCUCGACACCAUAGUAUCCGAGGCCACUGACAAUUCGGUACAGCUCUUGUUCAAGUGUGAAGCACUCCAAAAGACCGGAUCCUUCAAGAUUCGAGGUGCAAGCAAUGCCGUACAGCUAUUGAGUGAUACGGACGCAGCGAGCGGUGUGGUGACGCAUUCAUCUGGUAACCAUGCACAGGCACUCGCGUAUGCUGCUAGGCAACGCGGUAUCGAAGCCCAUGUUGUGAUGCCACGCAAUGCACCGGUGACUAAGAAGGCAGCUGUUCGGAGCUAUGGAGCAAAUGUGAUCGAGUGCGAUGCAACACAAGCUGAUCGUGAGCGUGUGGCGAAUGAAGUCAUGCGCAAAACAGGUGCAACCUUUAUUCAUCCAUACAACAAUCCCAAUGUCAUUGCUGGUCAAGGCACAAUUGCACUGGAAACCAUUGCACAAGUGAGCGAACUUUUGAAGGGUGCAUCGUUGGAUGCCAUGUUGAUCCCUGUUGGUGGUGGUGGUAUGAUCUCUGGUUGUGCUGUGGCGACCAAAGCAUUGAGCCCUGGGACUCGUGUCUAUGGAGCGGAGCCACAAGCCGUGGAUGAUUGCCAUCGUUCCUAUCAAGAAAAGAAGCGAUUAGCCAACAAACCAGGAACCCAAUCGGUCGCAGAUGCAUUGUUAGCUGACUUGGGUGAAAUCGCAUUUGGUAUCAUUUCGGAGUCUGUGGAUGGGAUCUUCACUGUCACUGAGGAAGAAAUUGUACGUGCCAUGGGUCUCGUGUGGACACGUAUGAAGCUUUGCAUUGAACCAAGUGCUGCUGUUGCUGUUGCUGUUGCCCUUUACAAUACCGAAUUCCAUCAAAUCAUCCGCCAACAAAAUCUACAACGUAUUGCUAUCGUUCUUUGUGGUGGUAAUGUUGACGUUGCACGUGCCGCACUACUUCUCUCCAAUGAUAAAUGA